GUUUGUUUGUUGAAAGAUUAAAACGUUAAAAGGUUUAUUAUUGUCUAAGAUAUAUGUUUCGUAUGUUAAGAGAGAUAAUUUAAAAACUUACAUGUAAAUAUAAGUAAGGAAAUAUAUAAGCAACAUGAAAUGAAUAAUAUCCGUGGAUAAUCAUAUUCAUACGCUUACAACUUUAAGGCUUUUAAAAUUUUUCAACUUUGGUAAAGUUUAGAAACUGAUCGUAAAUUGAAAGAAUUUCAGUUCAUUUUAAUCUUAAUUGUACAAAUAUAAAAGAGUCUAAAUUAAAAUUCAAACACCGAAUAUAGUAUAUAAACAGUUUUUCAUUUGAACCAUCAAAAUAAAUUGGCAAAAAGAAAUGUCUGCCUUGAAUCCGGCACUUCUUGAAGAACCGAAAAGGAGGAAAUCAAGUUAUGGCUCGUUCACGCGUGUCGUCGUCAUCGCCAUCGACUCCAGUGACUACUCGAGGAGAGCUUUCGAUUGGUACGUGAUGCAAAUUUGGAAAGCAGAUGACCUGGUAGUAUUUGUCCAUUGUCCUGAAACUCCGAGAUUUCCUUCAUUUUCAUUCAAAAACGCCCUGUCCCCGCCAAUCGACGAAUGGAAAAAAAUAAUGGACGAGAUGAAUUCUAACUCACAGAAGUUGGAGGAAGAGUAUUCAAUUACCUGCCAGAGCAAGAAGAUAAAGUACAAGAUGAGGGCAGAGGCAGAGAAGAACGUGGGUGAAGGCAUCCUGCGCAUCGCUGCCGAAGAGCGGGCUGACCUCAUCGUCCUCGGGUCAAGGGGCACCGGGGAGUCAAGAAUGGUGAAGAGGGGCACGGUGGCAGAAUAUGUCGGCAGGCACUCCUACAUACCAGUCCUCAUCAUUCCCCUCAAGACUAACUACUAAGGAGCACUUUGCUCAUUUAUUCAUUCCUUCAUUCCUUCAUUGAUUGUUUGUUUGAUUGAUUGAUUCGUUGGUUGUAUAAUAUUACACAAUAUACAUAUAUAAAACAGACAGUCUUAAAGAGAUGAUUGAUAGUUUUUAUUUUGUAGUUUUAUAUUAAAUGAUUGACAAGUUGUUGAAUUGCUUCACAGAUAGAAUAAAAUGUGCUAUAAAUAAAUAUUUAAUGAAUUAUAU